UUAUUUUAGUUUUAAUAUAGAAUGACCAUGGAUCCAGAGCGUGCUGAUACAAGUGAUAUGGAAUCGGUAGAAGAUGAAGAUGACAAACACAGAGGCACAACCAAAAGGCAAUCAAAUAUCUUGGAGGUGAUGCACAAUAAAAUCAAUGAUUUUUCAGUCGAUCAAUUACCUGCACCAGUGAAACGUAGAAUAAAGGCACUCAAACAGCUUCAAUUUAAAACAACGCAAAUUGAAGCCAAAUUUUAUGAAGAAGUGCAUGCACUUGAAUGCCGUUAUUAUCAAUUAUGUGCGCCUAUCUAUAGAGAAAGGAGCAAUAUUAUAUCUGGUAUUGUUGAACCAACAGAUGAAAGCUGUGUAUGGGAAAGUGAAGACGAAGAGGAGAUCACUAAUGAAUUAAAAUCUAAAGUUAAAAUAGAAGUUAAAGAUGAGGCAGAUAUAAAAAAAAAUAAAAAUGGAGCCGAAGAUGAGGAUGUUAAAGGCAUUCCUAAUUUCUGGUUAACCAUAUUUAAGAAUGUUGCUAUGUUAGCGGACAUGCUUCAGGAAUACGAUGAACCCAUUUUCAAACACUUAUACGAUAUCAAUGUUAUAUUUUUAGAAAAAGAUCCUAUGGGAUUUGUAUUAGAAUUUCACUUCUCUCCCAAUGAAUAUUUUUCCAAUUCAGUUUUAACGAAAGAAUAUCAUAUGAAAUGUGAACCAGAGAAAGACGAUCCCUUCAGUUUUGAGGGACCAGAAAUUUACAAAUGCAAGGGAUGUAAAAUUGAUUGGAAAAAAGGAAAAAACAUUACGGUUAAAACAAUAAAAAAGAAUCAAGUACACAAGUCUCGAGGUUCAAUGCGUACAGUUACUAAAACUGUACAAAAUGAUUCAUUCUUUAAUUUCUUUAAUCCACCAACUGUACCAGAUGAAACAGAAGCAGAAAUCGAUGAAGAGACUCAACUUUUACUAACAUCUGAUUUUGAAAUUGGCCAUUAUAUCAGAGAACGAAUAGUACCUAGAGCUGUUCUGUACUUCACAGGAGAGGGUUUAGAAGACGAAGAUGAAGAUUACGAUGAUGAAGAUGGAGAUGAUGACGAUGAUGAUGUUGAUGAGGAUGAGGACGAAGAAGAUUGCUCACAUGAACCAACAGGUGGGAAAAUGCAAGAAGAUACUUCUGCACCUAAUGAAUGUAAACAGCAGUAAACCAUUCUCUGUAUAAAUAACAAAAAAAAGUAAUCGGUACUGCUCGAGUGAAUUUAUUUUAAAUGACAAGACCUAAAAACUACUGGCCAAUAACUGCCUCGAAAUCCUGCAUCUGUGCCUUUGACUCAACGCACAUUGUAACAUCAGUUUUUACUAAUCAUAUCAUGUCUCCUAUUCCAGAUGAAAACUAAAUCAAAGGCAAUAGCAUCCAGAAAAUUUUUAAAGAGCACCAUGUCACUUUCGACAUUGACAAAUUUGUAGAUGGGAUUACUGAUAUUGAUAUUCAUCGAUUUAAUACAUAAAACUCAAGUGAAUAUGUGACAUUUACGCUCAAUAUAAGAACGAUUAAUGUGCUUUUAAUUCAAUUAUUCCGUACUAUUGUUAUGUUUAUAUGCAAACCGAAAAUGUUUUUUCCAGAAAGAUAAACGUUAAUGUAUGACAAAUUUUUGGUACUGUUAAAAGCAUUUUCAUACAAAAUUACUAAAGACCUUAAAAGGCUAAAUCUAUGUACUCGCUAUACUUUUUUACAAUAAAGGCAGAUAUGUUUUUAUUUUUUUCAA